AUGGCAAAAGAAAUUCUACAGAAACACGAUCAAAUUUGCUCCGACCGGACGGUAGCUCACACGACUCACGCAGCAAACCACCAUAAGGGCUCUUUAGCCUGGCUACCGGUGGGUAACAAAUGGCGUAAAUUUCGUAGAAUUUGCAAAGAGCACAUGUUCACGGUGGAUAAGCUCCAAUCGAGCGAAGGCCUCCGCAAAGAAAAGCUGCAGCAGUUGCACGAAUGUGGCAGUAAUAGACGUGUUGUUGAUAUUGAGGAGGUUGCAAUUGUGACCUCCCUAAAUUUGAUUUCAACAACUCUCUUUUCUAUUGAUUUUUCUCGCUUCGGCUCCGAUUCGGCUCAAGAAAUGAAGAGCACUAUCAAAGGCCUGAUGACGAUUGCAGGGACCCCUAACCUUGUUGAUUACUUCCCGAUCCUUAAGUUGAUCGAUCCACAAGGCCUUAAGAGCGAAUCAGAUGCUUAUGUUGGGAAGUUGCUUACGACAUUCGAUCAAAUAACUAGUGAAAGGUUGCGAUCGAUGGGCGUCUCAUCUUCCGAUUCUCCUAGGAAAAAUGAUUUACUUCAAGUACUUCUUGAUCUCAUCCAAGAACGCGAUUCUGACUUGAGCCGCGACGAGUUAAAGCAUUUGUUUUUGAUAUGUUUCAUCGUGAAGGAGCGUCUACAGUACGACCACCUCUCUUGGAUGGAUCAAAUUACUCUUACUGGAAAUCGAAGAUGA